CUUUAUUCUUAGUCCUUGCAUCCUUGAAGAAAUAAGUUUGCUAGCCUCACCAUGGAACAGGACGCCCCGGUAGAUCCACCAAUCCCGCCGAAAGGGCCUGCUGUUGUGACGGCUACGCAGGGUAGCUGCUUACAAUGCAGAUCUACCAAACGGAAAUGCGUCAAUUCUGGAGACCACAGGCCAUGCCGUCGGUGUCAAGGCCAUGGUAUCGAUUGCGAAUAUCCAGCUCCUGCUCGUCGAGGGAGAAAGCGAAAAGUAUCCCCAGGAAAGAAUGAGGAGGGAAAUACUAUGGCACCAUCUGCAAACAAAAGUCAAAAUUCUGCACCCUUCGUCGAGCGUCCCAACAGCUCUGGAGUCGGGAGGAGCAGUAGCAGUGAUGCAGGGCCUAUCAGCCAUAGGUCUCCUUCCGCCAUCAGAUACCCCAUCGCGCCCUCGCACAACAACAGUGUCUUGGUAUCCCAUGAUGAGAACGAAGCAGAAUCUCCUCUGCCGGGAUUUCCCAAUCAUCCUAGCAAUGGAAGACCCUGGGGAAAGUCUGGAGAUGGCGCCAAGGGCGCAUCAGACAUUCGCUAUUCACAUUUCAUGCCCGAGGAGGCCAUCUCUCCUUCGGUCGACUCGCCCAUCAAAAGUGCGCAUGGACUGGCUCAGGAGAAGCUGAUACAGCGCCUCAGAUCAGAAUGUCCCGACCCCCUGAUGGCAGGCAUCAUGACGGAGGAGGUGUGUGCGGAGCUCUUCGAGUUCUACUUCCGCCAUCUCAAUGCUACCGUAGCAUUGCUAGAUUCCGUCCUCCAUACUCCAGACAGGUGUCGGAAUCGAUCACCCCUCCUAUUUACCGCUGUCCUUGCGAUCACUUCUCGAGUCAUCCGCCCAAAACUCUAUCCUCAGAGUCUUCUCCUGGCAAACAGGAUGGUCGGCCAGGCUGUCGAAUUUGGAGUAUGCACCUUGGAAGUCAUCCAAGCACUCUGCUUGUUGACCCACUGGAAGAAAGCCGAUGAUGAUACAUCUUGGGUUCGAGUAGGUAUGGCUAUACGCAUGGCCCAGAUGCUGGGACUUGACAAGACCAGUCCCAGACCUCUGCCUCGAGACGAGAUGAGGGCUCGGGAGGUAUUGAAUCGAGAGCGGGUAUGGCUCAACUUGAUCAUGGCCGACUACCAUCUUUCCAUUGCCCACGGUCUCCCCAAGAUGCUCAAAGACGACGUUGAGGACCCAGCAGACUGGGUAGCGGAUCAUCCUCACCUUCCAACUCCUGGCGAAUCAACUUUCAGCCCCAUUAUCACAUUCAACAGAUUGUGCAAGCUCUACACGGACAGUCUUGAGUCUAUGAAUGGAGACCCUUCAAACAUGAGGAUGUUGAAUUGGAUGGAGAUAGAAUGGAAGAGAUGGAGAGAGCGGUGGCUAUUGAAGAACGAUCGGCAUAACUUCUCCCACUUCCAAAUCGCCGCCCUCAAAGUCAGCGACGCCAUCUUCCGUUUCCACCUCGGCGAAUACCGUCUUCUCUUCAUCGCUCGUUUUGAAGCUAAAGGGAAACCCUUGAAAGUCAGCGAGCCGUCGCCUCUUUCCAUGGCCUUCACUGAAUGCUCCGACGCGGCUCUAGGCUUGGCAGAAAUUGUACAGAGAGAGUUCGUUCCGCAUGGGUACUUGGCGUAUUGCUUCAGUACGACGUGGUCGAUGCUGGCUAUCACUGUCAUCUGGCUCGUGAGGGUGUGUAGAUGGUCAGCGGCGCUAUCCAGAGCUGACAUGUACUGCAGAAUUUGGAGCCUAUGUCCGGUACCGACCGUGCUCGUGUGAUUCGCUUACUGGCCGACCUUCAAUUCUCCAUGGGAGAAGCCUCCACUUCCAGUGAUGAUAUGGCAGCUUACACUCACCGUUUUUUGAAACAUCUUUUGAACGGGAUCUCCCCUGAAUGGCAAUUGGCCUCGUUCAUGACCCAGCCGUCGCCUCCGUCCUACGAGGGUCAUAAUAGGUCAGACCGCUUCCAGAGAGCGGGUCAUCAGUCUUCGUUUGACCAACUCCCUCCUCCACCCCAUCAACAAGUGCCCAAUGGACAUUCUGUCCAUCUGUACCAGCUGUCGAACGGUCAGCAACCCCAGUAUGAUCCACCCCCCGCGAUGCCCUCCUCGUUGCCGGGUGUUGAACAGCCCUCCUUCCCUGUCGAUCAACCCUUCGUCUGGGCCCCUUCUUCUGCUCAAGAGCUCAUUCAAGAGUAUCUCUGGUCCACACCUCAGCUCCCGCUCCAAAACUCCCAGGCUGGAAACAAUAUUGCCGGUCCGAGCGUGAACCAACAGCAAUUGUCUCAGCAAGUGCCCCCUGUGACAGAGGGGCAGGCGAUGACUAUGAAUGGGAAUGGGAUGUAUGGGGCGUUGCCCAUCAACGGAGACUAUAUGGAUCUUUUCCCGGAAACUGAUGAUGAUCUUUGGUGAGUCGACCAAAAGGUGACAAUGGAACGACUGACACAUUGUCAGGAAACAUCUAUUCCCUUCGAGCGUCAUGAAUUAGUGGUAUUUGUUGUACGAGUACUGUAUGAGGCACCGAUGACCUAU